AUGGCAUCGGCAGCGUGUCCCUUUGCAGCUGUAGCAAGAGCCCGUGCCAUCGUCCUCGCUCGCAACCACCAGCCUCUGCUCGCAGACAGCGGCCGCCUCUACUCGACAGGUCCAUCGUACGACCGUUUCGGCCGACCGCUGCCGCAGCAGCAGCAAUCGCAAGGUCCCCUGCCGCAAUACUUUCCGCCGCAGCAACCACCGCCGUCGCGCAAGUGGACAUUCCGCAUCCGCCGGUCGACCUUUGUUCUUUUGGCCUUUGGUGGCUUUCUCGGUUGCUUCACUACCUUCUUUGUCUACGCAAAGCCUAGCCCGCCAAGGGGUAAAUUUGUCCGCGGCUCCGAAGCCGAGCGCAAGGCCAAAGAAGACAUUGGCCGCGUGGCCGACGAGACGAUUCCGUUGGUGAAGCAGCUGCAGGAGGACCCGGACUGGGAUGAAUGGGAUGUCGGCCAGCGGUGGCGGGAGAUUGAGGCUGCCGAGGCUAGGGAAGCCGCCGAAGCUAGGGAAGCCGCCGAAGCCGCCGCGCAGAAGACGGGCGGCGCGCCGUCCAAUAGUGACGUGCCCGGUGGGGAGGUGGUGGAUGUGGCCGACGUCUCGGCCGACGUGACGCCGCUGUCGUCGUCGCUGCGAUUGCCACAGACGGUGUACCCCUCCAGUCGUGACGGCAACGACAACGACAAUGCCAGUGGCAGCGGCAACGCCAUCCCGGCCCCGACGCCCCAGCGUACGCGCCUGACCACGGGCGCACUGGGUGGCCUCCGCGGCAUAGGAGCCUACCACCGCAUCUUCCACAACCCCAGCACGGGCCAGAUCAUUAGCAUCCUGCGCAUCGGCGACGCCCUGGCUGGCUGGCCCAGGGUCGUGCACGGCGGCGCCAUUGCCACCAUCUUGGACGAGGCGCUCGGCCGCUGUGCCAUCCUGUCGUUCCCCGCCCGGACCGGCGUGACGGCGCGCCUCGAGCUGCAGUACCGCAAGCCCGUCACGGUCAACAACUUUUACAUUGUGACCUGCAAUCCGCUGGUCCCCGACGAGUACAAGAACAACAAGGACGGCGUCGACAGCAACGGCAAGGAGCUGCGCAAGCUGUGGUGCGAGGCGGCGCUGGACACGCUGGACGGCCAGCGGUGCGUCGAGGCUCGCGGCCUGUUUGUGGUGCCGCGCACGUACAAGCUGGGAAAGGUGGAGGACAAGUUUUAA